GCUUGUUAUCGGCAACUGCGUCGUAAAACUGUCAAAUCAAAAGUGUCAAACCUAAAAACAGUGUUAUAAUUACAAUCAAAUUAAUUAAUAAUGGCAGCGGAAAUCAAGCCAGCAACCCAAGCAAACGACAAAUUCUGCACAACGAAAAAGCCCGCCCUUUUGGCAAAACUGGAAGGUUGUAGCGACGAAAUAAACGCCGCCGUUUUGAUCCCGGGCGAAGAUGGGGUUAUAAGUGUGUCAGAUGACAAAACGGUACGUGUUUGGUUGAAGCGAGACUCAGGCCAGUACUGGCCCAGCAUUUGCCAGUACAUGCCCAGUGGGGCCACUUCGGUCUUUUACACAGUUGAAACCCGGCAACUUUUCAUAGGACAGGAAAACGGGACCGUGUCAGAAUUCUCGCUGGCAUCAGACUUCAACCGAAUGAUGCCAGUGCGGGAGUACCUAGCACAUCAGGCAAGAGUCACCGAAAUUAUUUUUGCCAUCAACUGCGAAUGGGUUCUGAGCGUGAGCAGGGAUAAAGUGUUUUCGUACAAUUGCACACAAACCGGCCGCAACAUUGGGACUUACACGGCUGAGGCCUGGUGCACCUCUCUACAAUUUGAUGCACAAACCAAACAUGCGUUUGUUGGGGAUUAUUCUGGUCAAAUAACUAUGUUAAAAUUGGAUAAUGCGGGCCCUAGUGUUAUCACAACUUUGAAGGGGCACUCGGGCUCUGUUAGGUCACUGGCUUGGGACAGCGAGCGGCAGAUGUUAUUUAGUGGCUCCUACGACCAAACUGUUAUCGUUUGGGACAUAGGGGGGCAACAGGGCAACGCCUACGAGCUGCAAGGUCACCACAACAAGGUCUCUGCUUUGUGCUACCUUAACUCGACCAAACAAUUGGUCAGCGCGGGCGAGGACGGGGUGCUGGUCUUCUGGGACAUGAACCAAACGCGUCAGGAGACUCCCGAGUGGAUCGAGUCCGAUUUAUGUCAGUUGUGUGGAAGACCGUUCUUUUGGAACUUCCGAGCCAUGAUGGACCAGCGACAGUUGGGUUUACGGCAACACCACUGCAGACAUUGCGGGAAAGCAGUUUGCGAGAAAUGUUCCACAGGUAGAUUAACAAUUCCAGCGAUGGGUUUCGAGUUCGCAGUGCGUGUCUGUGACCCUUGUCACCACUUGUUAAGGGAUAGAGAGAGGGUGUCUUUAGCCACAUUCCAUGAUGCUAAGCAUAGUAUUACAGCGAUGGGAUUGGACGAGACUCGCAAAAAAUUGGUAACAGUCGGACAGGACCGGCUAAUCAAAAUUUGGGACAUUUCCGCUUUGCUUUGAAUCCGACUGGUUUAGUUACUAACGCUGGAAUGUGAUUCACACUCAAUUAAUUAAUGUGCUAUGAUUUAUUACAUUAUGUAAAAUUUAAAUAUUAUUAAUGUUAUAUUUAUAUUCUAUAAGUUCUAUUGAAAAUAAAUCUAUUAUAAUCACAGAA